CGUCUUCCGAUUCCGUCUCCUCCUUCUCUCAUCUCCCUCUUUCAUUUCCGCAUUUCGGAGACGGUUGACCGUCUUCUCCGAUGGCGGAGAAGCAGCUGAUCGUCGUCGUCGAAGGCACGGCGGCCAUGGGGCCUUACUGGCCCGCCGUCGUCUCCGAUUACGUCGAGAAGGUCAUCAGGUCUUUAUCUGGAAAUGAGUUAAGUGGUCAGAAGCCCUCCUCUUCUACUGUUGAGAUGUCUCUCGUCACAUUCAAUACUCAUGGAUCUUAUUCUGGUUGCUUGGUACAACGGACUGGUUGGACAAGAGAUAUUGAACUCUUCUUACAAUGGCUAUCAGCUAUUCCUCUAGCAGGUGGUGGUUUUAGUGAUGCUGCAAUUGCAGAAGGGCUUUCUGAAGCCUUAAUGAUGUUCCCUACCAUUCAAAAUGGAGGCCAAAAUCAACAAAAUGUGGAUUUUCAAAAGCAUUGCAUUCUUGUUGCUGCUAGUAACCCUCAUCCCCUACCCACACCAGUCUAUAGACCACAAAUGCAAAAUGUGGAGCAGAGUGAAAAUUUUGAUGCACAAACUGAAAGCCGUCUGUAUGAUGCUGAGGCUGUUGCUAAAUCAUUUCCACAGUGCUCUGUGUCUCUGUCAGUCAUCUGUCCAAAACAGCUUCCUAAACUCAGAGCUAUUUACAAUGCGGGAAAGCGCAACCCCCGGGCAGAAGAUCCGCCGAUUGAUAAUGUGAAAAACCCCCACUUUCUCGUUCUAAUCUCAGAGAAUUUUAUUGAGGCCCGGGCUACUUUAAGUCGUCCUGGAAGUACAACUUUGCCCUCAAUUCCAAGUCCUGUAAAGAUGGAUAUAGCUCCUGUUGCAUCAGUAACAGGGCCACCUCCAACUUCUAUGCCAUCUGUGAAUGGAUCUGUUAUGAAUCGCCCAUCAUUUUCUGUUGGAAAUGUGCCUCCUGCUACAGUAAAAGUGGAGCCAAGCACUGUAAGUUCAAUGGUAGCUGGACCUGCUUUUGCACAUGUUCCAUCUGUUCGUCCUCCUUCCCAAGGAGUUCCAACCUUGCAAACUUCUUCACCAUCUUCUGGUGAGAUGAAUACAAAUAAUGAGAGUGUGCCAGAUUUGAAACCUAUAGUGAGUGGUGUGACACAUCAACUACGUCCGGUGGGCAGCAUCCUCAAUAAUAUCUCUCAAGCACGAGUGAUGAAUUCUGCAGCCUUAUCUGGAGGAACUUCUAUAGGUCUCCAAAAUAUGGGUCAAAAUCCAAUGGCCAUGCAUGUAUCAAACAUGAUAUCGAGUGGAAUGGCAUCUUCAGUGGCUGCUGCCCAAAACGUAUUUUCAUCUUCAGCGCCUCACACUCUUACACAGGUUCCUCAGAGCUCAGGUCUUAAUACAUUCACUUCAGCUACUUCCAAUGUGUCUGGAAAUUCUAACCUUGGCAUGUCGCAACCAAUGAGUAACCUCCAAGGUGGUGUUAGUAUUGGGCAAUCUGUUCCUGGCAUGAACCAAAAUCUCUCAGGACCCCAAAUGGUUCAAAAUGGCAUUGGAAUGAAUCCAAACAUGAUGAGUGGCCAUGGUUCAGCAGGUUCGUCCUCUGGAACUGGUACAAUGAUUCCUACUCCUGGAAUCUCUCAACAGGCCCAAUCUGGGAUACAGUCACUUGGUGCAAACAAUAGUUCAAUAUCUAAUCCGUUGUCACAACAGACAUCAAGUGCUCUGCAAUCUGCACAAUCCAAAUAUGUAAAAGUCUGGGAGGGAAAUUUAUCUGGGCAGAGACAAGGACAACCUGUGUUUAUUACUAGAUUGGAAGGAUACAGAAGUGCUUCAGCAUCUGAGACGCUUGCAGCAAACUGGCCACCGACAAUGCAAAUAGUCAGGCUUAUAUCUCAGGAUCACAUGAAUAACAAGCAAUAUGUGGGAAGGGCCGACUUUCUAGUAUUUCGGGCAAUGAAUCAGCAUGGAUUUCUUGGGCAGUUGCAAGAAAAGAAGCUUUGUGCUGUCAUCCAAUUGCCGUCUCAGACACUACUGCUAUCUGUUUCGGACAAAGCUUGCCGCUUGAUUGGGAUGCUUUUCCCAGGGGAUAUGGUCGUGUUUAAGCCACAAGUAGGUGGUCAGCAACAAAUGCAACAAAUGCAACAACAGCAACCUCAGCUACAACAAAUGCAACAACAGCAGCCGCAGCUACAACAGCUGCAGCAACAGCAGCCUCAGCUACAACAAAUGCAGCAACAACAGCCGCAGCUACAACAAAUGCAGCAACAGCAGCCGCAGCUACAACAGAUGCAGCAACAGCAACCACAGCUACAGCAGCAACAAUUGCAACCACAGCUACAGCAACAACAGCAACCCCAACUGCAGCAGCAGCAUCCACAGAUGCAACAACAACAACAACAACAACAGCAACAGCAGCAGCAGCAUCCGCAGAUGCAACAACAGCAGCAACAUCCUCAGAUGCAGCAACCACAGCAGCAGCUGUCGCAGCUCCAGUCGCAACAGCAAAUUCCACAACUGCAGCAACUACAGCAACAACAUCAACAUCAACAACAACAGUUGGUUGGGGGUGGAAUGGGUCAAGCUUAUGGUCAAGGCCGGUCACAAUUAGUUUCACAAGGACAAGUUUCAUCACAGCAAGGGCCUAAUAUGCCAGGAGGCUUUAUGGGUUAACAAGAGUGUUGCUUGUUAGAAGUAGUAGAAGUAGUAGACUGGCAUAAAACUUUAUGUAUUAGCAUUGACAAACAUGCUGGUGUUCAUUGCCUUGAUCGAUGAUCCCUGUUUAACACGCAUGAGGGAGCAGUAGAGAAAAUUCCCCGAGUCAAUGUUCGGGAAACAGACUGAAAACUGAAGCAGAAGACACAUUUCUCGGUCCUUGGCAUUGCUAAAGUAACCGAGAGGGAUAGUUUUUCUGGGAUAUAUGGUCGUAAAAUUCAAUUCUCAGUUGCAUUUCUAGUAUGAUCAAUAAGUGAUAUG